ACCAGUCUCCCGUGGUCUACGAGACUGGGUACAGCUCGUUGACAAACCCUGUCGCCGAACCAGAUGAGCUUUGAAUGAGGUAGCGAAUAAGAAGAAGAAGAAGUACCAACGCUUACUACUAAUCUUGCAGCAAUGAACCUGUCGGCAGUACUCUUAGGCCUGAUUGUGUCUAUCGCCGUCUUCAGUGAAACGCAAGCGGGAGACUUCCAGACGACGGCCAAUACGUUAGUAGGCAGGAGUUGGCUGCAGGAAUUAGUGUCCGGCACCAGCAAUAACGUGCAUUCCCGGAAGAGGAGGUUUAUUCAGUUUCCAAAGGCUACCAUCAUGGAGGUCAAAUGGUCCAUCAACUUCCCCUACGACACCUACUCCGAAUACAAGGCGAAGUGGCAGGUGGCGUUCACCUCCAGGCUUCCCUUCCCGGCGCCCUUUUACGUCGCCAGAAGUCUCAAAGGCAGACCGGAUCACGUCUCCUCCGAAGACUUCAAUCACAAUUCCCUCGACUACCGCAACGACACCGCCAGAAUUCCCGACGUCCCCCAGAGCGCAGCCCGGAGAGAAAAGACUGCCAUCUAUAAAAAUCUCGAAGGCGCUUUUGAAAAGGUCGGGGGCCACGGGCGGCACUGUCUGUUGCGAGCCAUUUGCGACAUCGCAGAGGCGCCCUUUGACCAGGGCUUCGUAGGAGAGAUGAUCAACUCCAUUUUGACAGCUUCGAUCGUCGGCCAUCCAGAGGACCCGGAGGAGAGCGAAGAAUACGAGUCGUACCUUCAGGCCGAACUGCACGGCAAGCUGCACGGAGACUGCGCUCAGAGAUACGUCAAGUGCAAAGUCUCCCCAUUCGACGUCGUCCCGAAGCUUUUGAAAUUCUUGGUGUAAGGAGCAUGGGGAACUUACUCGGGUUUUUUUUUAAAGACCCACCUUUAAAUGGCAUUGUAUUUUUUAUGUGUAAGCUGAUGGAAACUUUGUAAAUGAAUGAGAGAAGUAUUGAUACUAAGAGAGAGACGGGUAGUAACUUCGGGCAUUGCGUUGACUGAAAGAGAAUUUCUCUUCAU